AUGCAGCUUUCCGUCAUACUCUUUCUGUGCUCCUCUUUGAUCGCUCUCAGCAACGCGCAUUUCGUGCUUCAGUCUCCAGUUUCUUUAGGAUAUUACGACGUAGCAGAGGCAACUGGACCAUGCGAUACCUUCAACCUGACAAAUAGAGAUAAUGUCACGUCCUGGCGGGUGGCUGGCUAUCCAGUGCACGUACUCACUACCCACAACAAAGUAGUUUUUGAAUACCGAGUCCCACUGUUGAACGACACCAAUACUUGGGUCAACAUCAUCCCUCCAAUCCAGGAAACCGGUGUUGGCGACUUUUGCCUUCCUGCUGUACCUGGGUAUCCACCGUGGUGCGCAGCCAUAGUUUUCUCAACAGAUAAUGCUGCACCCGUACCUCCAGCUUGCAGGAAGUCCUCGGAUGUGGCCGCGGUGGUCACUUCUUAUGCCUCCACCGUGCCAUUCGGAACUCUGCUCGUUACUUCUUCUAUAUCCAUGUCCAUGUCAAUGCCAACAGGAACUAUUCCUGCAUCCACAACAGCCACAGCUUUUCAAAACACGACUACCACGCAGGCUAGCAAGACGAGCAGUGCUUCUGCCUCAGCCGCAACGACUUCGAAGGUCGUAUCGGGUGCUGAGACUGGGAUCAAGAUUCAAACGAUUUUUGGAUGGUGGACGCUCUCAGCGGCGAUUCUGGGAGCGUGGAUGGCUCUCGCAACCUUAUAUUGUGCAGGAACAAUCGCGGCCCAGUCAACUUCCAAAUAUCCCACCUACAACUUCACACAGCAAGUAGACCAUAGUGGCAACAAUUCGGCAACUUUUAACCAGAGUUACCAACUCGUCACUGACUUCUUUAGAGCCGGAGGGCCGAUCCUUUUCCUUCAGGGUGCGGAGCAAGGAAUAAGCUCAAGUCCAAUCGAGAAUGAUAUCAUCAUGGACUGGGCAGAGGAACUCGGUGCAGCUCUCGCCGUUCUGGAACAUAGAUUCUUUGGGACAAGCAUUCCGGAGUCCUUCGAUGGAUCAUUGGCUUCAUUUGCGCCACUUAGCCUGGACAACGUAAUGGAGGAUGCUGUUUCAUUUAUCGAAUUCAUCCAGAAAAGUGUACCUGGCGCUGCAAAUAGCAAGGCAAUUGUCACCGGAGGAUCAUACGGUGGGAACUUGGCUCUCGUUUUUCGAGUCAAACAUCCGGAGACAUUUUACGGAAGUUUUGCAUCUGCGCCCCUAACUGAGUCCUUUGGCCCACUAGCAAGCAACACAGACAAGUUCCGGGCAUCCGAAGCGCUUUCGAACAUCUACUAUGAUGCAUCUACAUUGGCUGCCCAAAGAAUCCAGAGUGCCAUGCUGCAGUUUUAUGGAAAGAACUGCACUGAAGCAAUCCCUGAUCUGAAUUUGUGUGGCCCUGCUCCUAAUGCAACACAAUUCCCUGCCCUGUAUGGGGCCUCCAUUUCAACAUACCGCUACGCUGCACUAUUCAACUAUCCAAUCCCAGCUGUAUAUGCUCCACCAUAUCCACUCCAAUACCUAAUCAACGCCACUCUCGCAGCUUCAACACCGGGCGAAGUACUUCGCAUACCCUUAGCCAUGACGAACUGGCAAGAAGAUCUCUCAGAAUGCGUCAACUGGAGCAGCCCCAACAUCACCGGUCAACUCGCCGGCGUGUCCAUCGCCGAUUCAUGGUUCUACCUCCAAUGCCAAUACUACCCCAUUUCCGAAAGUGCCGUCCCACCCGGAGACCUAUUACCUCCGACCGAUGUCACCACCCGGGUGGAAGUAUGCUCAAAUCCAGAGUGGGAGAGCAGCAUCUAUAACUCUUCGAACGAGUUCUGGCAACAAUACCUGGGAACGGCAGAUGAGAUUGUGGACAACACGACGCGACUGCUUAUUUUGCAAGGUGGAUACGAUCGUGAUCAGGGUGUCGGCAUGCCGAACCUUACGCUGACCGAUGACCGUCAGCACUCGAGGGUGAUCUUUACUUCUGGUCUUGGACAUACGGAAGAUAUGUUUGGUGAAAGUGUGCUACCGAGAGGGGUUCGACCACAGUUGGAUGCGGUGCGGGACACGAAGUUGGAGUACUUGAAGCAGUGGUUGGGGAUGUAUGAUGCAGCGAAUCUUUGGAAUGCGACAACGGUAUCUUCGUCAACAUCUUCCUCCUCAUCCGCGUCCUCUUCUUCCACAUCCACCUCCGCCUCUUGGAAGAUUGGAUACAAUUUGCUUAACAUGCUUGUCGGACUCGUUUCCUCUGUCUUUUUGUUUCAUUUGUUUGCGUAAUUAAAGCAGUUUUCUCGCGGCGAAAUGUGAAACAGGCAGUAUUAUAAAGGAAUAUUUUCAUGAGAUUUGCUCACUCUUUCUUUGGACCUGAGCAGCUG